UGUUGCUACCCUUUAUUCACCUGGGCAAAAGCACAAGCUGGACUUGCUUGAAAACCAAAGGAAUCGCUCAUCAACUUGAAAGAAAAUCUGCAAAAACAACAUGGCAUUGGGCCUUCUUCUUUCACUGGCCGUAGCCGUGGCUGCGCAAAUCGACACCUUCUGCCCACCAGUCCCAUUUCACGGCUUCCCAGACACUUGCCCAUCUACGCCUACCAGAGGUCCAAAUUCAACCAUCGGUGUAUGCACUCAAGAUUUUGACAUCAUCGGAUCGGGUCUGGAAGCCGUCCACGAGAGCAUCCAAGCACCAACAGGACUCGCAGUGGACUCAACCCUGAACGUCUACCUGACCUACCCCCGCAACUCCGGUCCAACGCCCAAAAACGUCGUUCUAGCGACCAGCUUCACAGAAGAAGAACCCUGGCCAUCUGCUGAUAUCCAGAACUGCACACCAAGCCAGAACAUCUCGGAAUGCUUCAUCAACGUCCAGAACGUAGUGCUCGACUCUCUCGGCCAGAUGUGGGUGAUCGACUCGGGCAUAGCUCCAGGCCAGAGUAGUGCGGUCCUGUUUGGCACCAAGGUCAUGUCCUUCAAUGUCACGACUCGGGAGUUGAUCCGGACAUAUUUCAUCCCCGAGUCCCUCUUAUACGAGAAUAUGAACGCGAACGACCUGCGCAUCAAUAACACCCUUGGAACCAACGGAUAUGCCUUCAUCACGGACGCAUCGGCCGCGGGUUCGUUGAUUACCAUUAACCUCGACGAUGGCAGCGCAAGCAGACGACUUUUCAAUACUACGGUCACACGGGCAGAUCGUAACUUCGUAGGCUCGUAUAAUGGCCGCCCUCUCUAUGGUUGGAAUGGGACGACGAAGUUAUUUCCCAAAACAGGAUCAGACGGCAUUGCGCUGGCUUCUGGAAACGUGUACUGGGGUGUUCUUGCCUCUCGGCGAUACUACUUCAUUCUCCAGUCCACCUUGGUCGAUGAUACAAUUUCGGACAAGGACAUGCUGGACGCAGUGCAAGAUCCGGGGCAGUUGGGCUCGGAGCAAGCUGGUUUCACAGCUGAUGAUAGAGGGCGAGUUUACAUCAUGGCCUCUGAGCAUAACGCCAUCUACUAUGUGGACACCGUGCAGUCAGAAAUGAGAGAAGAAGUCAAUGGCGUUGCGCCCGGAGGAUCGGGCUUAGUGGCUACGGAGAAUUACAUGGUCAAGACCUUGGUUCGGAGCGGGUUGAUUCAGCAUGCCGAUUCAGCUGCUAUAAUGGAUGGAUGGCUGUACUUUUGCACGAACCAACUUGCACUGUCACCUGCGAGACAGUAUAAUAAUGUGGAUGCUAGAAAGGGGCCGUUCAGGAGCUACAGGACUCGGAUCGGGAGAGGGCCCGCUGCUUGAAAAAUCUAGCUUCGAGCGACUGACAUCCAAAAUGAAAUAGGUUCAGUCUCUGAUACUGGUGCCAGUUACGCUCUAGAGUAAGCCUGUGGCAAAUGAGCAGACGAUAUUCCUAGAUCUUGAACAAGUUUAGUCUGUAGGCCGUUUAAGGUUGUUCCUAUCACACGUUAAUAUACGUAGUGGUUAGAUACCCCAUAUAAGUAAG